AUAUUGAUUACUCGUUACAAAGAUUAACAGUAAAAAAACGAUUCUUUGUUAAUAGUUAGUAUCGUUUCUUCGGUAAGCCUGCUCUAGUCUAGUUGUCUAUGCUUAGGCGGUGCUUUAUCUUACGCGUUGCCUAUAUUCUAUUUCCCUCCAUUUUAAUUAUUUGCUUGCACUAUUGUUUACUUCCCUAAAUUCAAUAUGCGAAAGUUAUCAAAAAAUCGAACAGAAGACGAUGUGGUAUCAUCAACUAACGGAUCGAUUGUAAACGAGGAACAGGCUCAUUCAACAGAUGAACCUACACAUAAUAAUUUUAAAGAAAAAGACCCGGCCUCAGAAGCCAAUGAAAGCGCAGAUCAAACAAGCGAAACGCACUCGGACGAUGCUCCUCAAAAGUCAAAGUCUCAAAAGGGUAAAUCCAAGAAAAGGAAAUCUAAAGUGGAAAAAGAAGAAGCUGCUGAGGAGGAAUAUGAGGUGGACAAAGUAGUUGACUCAAAAAAGAUAAAAGGUAAACUACAUUAUCUUAUACGCUGGAAAGGUUAUUCUGCAGACAGCGAUACUUGGGAGCCAGAAAAUACAUUGUCUUGUCCUGAUUUAAUCAGCAAAUACCAUGAAGAGAAGGAGAAUUCUAAAAACAAAGAAAGUAAGAUGUCGACAAAGAUGAAUCUUAAGCGAAAAGUUGUUAAAAAAGAAACCAAAUCAGCUAAGAGACCUAAAACCAGCUGGGACAGUGAAAAAGCUGAUGAAAAUGCAGAAUAUGAGGUUGACCGCAUUUUAGAAGUGCAUCAUAAGAAAAAUGGCAAAAGAGAAUUUCUUAUUCAUUGGAAAGGCUGGUCAAGCAAAUUUGACUCUUGGGAACCAGAGAGUCAUUUAAACUGUCCAGAUUUAAUAAAAAGGUUCAUGGAUAAGGUUGGUGCAGCAAGAGCAACAGAGUCACGGAAUUUAAGGGUUGCCCCAGAAACAACAAAUCGUUUUACCUUGCAAGCUCCAUCUUCAGGACGCAGACUCAGCAAAAGAUGUGGUCAACGUCAAAGAGUUCGCUAUGACAAUGCAGAAUGAAACUUAAAUGCUAAGAAGAAAAGAUAAUAGAGACAUUCAUAUGAAUUAUUAUUGUUUAAAAUUCUGUAUGAGCAGUAAAGUGUAAAAGAGCUAGUUAGAUAAUGUAUCAGUAAGGCUUGUAUGGUUUUGAAAAAUUAAAAAAAAAUCUAUACAUACAUAUAAUAAUAAUGUAAGGUACCUUUGCAUAAUUUUUGAUCCUAAUACCACAUUCUUUGACAAUAAUACCAUUGACAAGGUUGCCUAUUUCAGAUGUUUACCAAAAAGUUAGAAAAAAACCUUGUCAAUGAUCAGUGUCUAGUUCAUCUUAGAAAUUAUUGAAUUAAUGGCUUGCGUGUAUUAAAUCCAUUAUUUAUUCAAAUUAUAAAUUUUUGUAGCCAUAGGUUGUUUGUACAACACCAACCUGCAUUGCCUUAUAGCAAGGUUCAUAUUAUAUCUAAGGUUAAAUAUAUAAUUAUGUGGGUACUUCAUUAUUAUUAUUCUAUGCUAUAUUUGUCAAAGUGAAAUGGCAUGCAUGCGAGUUUCAAUUUUUAAUUUAAAAAAUAAUUCAAAUGGAUGAAUUAUCUUAUCCAUUGACUAUUGAAAACAUAGACUGUCAAAUACUAGACAAACAUUGUAUGAGAGACUUGCCUGUAUCUUUAGGGUUUGAAUUACAAAGUUGAGUGUUAUACCGAGUUAUUAUAAUAGAUGAAUUAUAAUAACUCGGUUUAUUGCAAUCAUUUAACCAUUGGUAUUGGUAGAUUUAAUUGAUUUUUAUCUCUCGUCCAACCCCCGUAGUAUGGCACACGACGCCUUUUUUAUCGCAGGAAUUACUAUCGCUGUCCUGUUUCUCGUCAUAAUAAGAAGCGAAACAGCGUGCUUUGGGUUAAGUCAAGACUGCUUACCACUAUAGAGGUAUGAUUUUUUUUUAUAAAUUGGUGCACAAACCCGAUUAUGGCUAAAGCUAGAUUUUAAACUAGCGAAUUUUGAUUAUAACAUUCAUUUGUUGUGCCACGACUAUAAUAUUCAUUUCGGUUUGCUAGUCCAAAAAUUUUAUUUACAAAUUUCAUAGAUUGCGUAACUGGAUAUUUUUUUAAUUUACCUAUAUCAACCAGUUUUAAAUAGUAUUAAGAAAAAAAACAUAGAAUAAUAGAAAGCCUUUCAAAUGCAAUUUAUAGAACAUAUAAAAUAUUUAUAUUCAGAUUUUGACGUUGAAUGUAGAUCUAAUGUGUUUUUAUCUUAAGUAUAUAUGUCACUGAAAAUAACAAUAACCGCUAGAUUAUAAACUUCCUAGAAAAUUCAUCUUUAUCAUCUUCGUAGAAUUCAAAAUGAGAACCUUCCGUUCACAUUUUCGUAAAUUUAACAAUUUGAAAAUUUCAUGGUAAAUUUGUAAACUUACGAAUAUCCGUUCGUUAGAGUCUAAAUGGUUCGACCAGUUAAAAACGUGCUUUUAAUUUUACUACUACUACUUACUCAUCUCAUUUUAAGUGGAAUAUAAUUUCUUUUUGAGAAUAAAGUUCUUUAAACCUUAACCAAGCAUGAAAAACCGCUCAAAAGCUGUUGACGGUUUACGGAGACUUUUUUAAAAUAGGGCAAAUAAUACACAGCUCUCUGAUUGGUCAAUGUUUCAUGUGUCGACAUUGGCAGUUUCUAUGUCGCUUAUGGUACACUAUGGUAGUAAACUUAAGUUACAAAAUAAAACUAUUUUCCGAUUCAAAACAGUAGCAACAUUUAAAAUUUUAUAAAAACACUAGAAACCGAUUGGUUUAUGUUCAAUAGCGAUGGUGGAGGAGAGAAAGGAGAUGGUAUUUAACCAAUCAGAGCGCAUGUCGUUUGGUUAUUGCUCAUUAUUUUAUUCGAGAGUUCAGAUCAGAAUCCUACAAAUAAACUUGCGGUUAUUGUUAUUUUCCGGUGACAAUAUACAUUAUUAUAAACUGGUACCUACUCACUCAUUAAGAAACGCAUAAAAAGGGGACCCUGAGUACACAAACAUUAUACGCAAUUCGAAAAAGAAAAUUUCCUUAUGAUCCCAUUGUUGACAUAUGACUCAACCUGCCACCGCUGGUACCAAACGAGGGAUCCUUUUUUUAUGAUAGGAUAAGUGAUGUGGCCAGAUAAAAAUGUUGUAUUGUAGAAUUGCACUAAAAGUUACAUUUUUUUUAUUCAAGUACAUUGUAUGUGAAAUGGUGUGAGAGUAGAUUUAAAUAAAUGUGUAUAAAAUA